AGUGAGAAUGCGUUCUCACGCGGCAUCGCGAGUAGCUCAGGCAGUGCUCCUUUGACUUCCAAAGAGGCCGCGCAAAGCAGAGACUAGGAGCAUGCCGUUACCGAAAAUAGAGCCGUGAGGGUAGCACGAUGGCCCAACAGCAGUGCCGCGAUUUGGGUCAACGCGCAGCCAAAUUGAAUUUCAUCCUUAAUGGGCGCAUGAGCCCCCUCCCCUCCAGCUCGCAGCUCCUCUGUGCGUAAUGCACAUUGCAUGCACUGUGAUGCAUCCAAUAACGUGUACAAUACCUCAAGCCCCAAGCCUCAAGCAUCGAGCGUCAGAGCGCUUGAGCGCUGACGGAUGCUAGCAAUGUCCUCCUGCCUGACCUUCAGAUAGCAUAGACCGAGUUAUUGACUCGUCUGGCUCCUCUGAUUUGAAAUGCAUACUCUGGCAUAUUUUGACUAAGAUGUGUACCCUCUAGGUUAACCGGUGGCUAUCAAGGUCGCGAUGCACACCAUCUUUCGCUCAAGCUGUUAUUUAAAGGCAGACUGGAAGAUCGUAUGUGAGGUAAAGACGGCCAUGCUCAGAAACAUUGAAGGCCUUCAUCGUUUGUCGCAAAAGCUUGAGGCAACUUUGAUUCAUCUCCUCGUCAUGGACAAGGCUCCUUCUCUUACCAGCUCGCCGGCAAGCUGCGGGCCGACCACGGUGGCAGCUGACGCUUAUGCCGAGUACGACCUCGUGAUCAUCGGCUCGGGGCCGAGUGCCCUCGCUCUGCUCUCUCGCAUUCUCGAAGAGCGCCCAGCCGCAUUGUACACCGAGGACGAGCGCGUUCAUUUGCACUGGCUGCAACGCCGCACCAACGGUCAGUCUCGCGGCCGUACGACGCUAAAGACGUAUAAGAGCUCUCAAGGCGUGCACAUCAAAGCGAAGGACCGUGGCGACAUUUGCACGAGGUUGCUGCGCCGUUGUGCCUGCCCUCGGGUUCUCGUCAUAGACAAGCUCGGAGAAGGCUGGCUUGGAGCAUGGAACCGAUCGUUCAAGGCGUUCGAGAUCACCCACCUGCGGUCGCCAAUGUUCUUCCAUCCGUCACCGUCGGGACUCGACGACUUGCUCGCAUACGCCGUGCGAAGCAAUCGCAAUCGACUCGGAAAUCCUAGCGUCCUGUACACGCGCAACAAAGGCCAUUCGGAUGCAUCAUUACCUGACCUCAUCGAAAUUUGCGGCGUUGUCGGCAAGGAGAUAUCAAACCACCGAAAGAAGAAGAAGCGAUCAGGGCGCAAGUGCCAGCUCGACCUCGGCGUCAAUGUGAACGAGCGUGCGCGGGAAGACUUUUACACACCGUCUACGGACCUCUUCGCCAAAUUCAUCCGCGAGGACAUUGUCGAUCGCUACGGCCUACCAGGCCUGCUUGCACCGUGGAAAGGCCUCGCGGAACAACUGCUGGAACAACCAACUCACUCACAAUGUUCUGGCUCUGAACUCACCGUCGUAAAGGGAGAGGUGCAAGACCUUGAGUGGCAGGAUGAUGGCACGUGCUUCUGUGGUGCGCAAGACAGCGGGUUUGUGCUCAAGCUUGCCUCUGGCGAGACUGUCGUGUCAAAGGCAGUGGUUGCUGCCGUCGGUCCAGGUGGCAUGCCGGCAGUCCCUUCUCUGUUUCUCCGUGAACAGAAAGCUGAUCAACACAAGCCAGCGUCAGCGAGCGGCUUGGGAUGGUGCCAUUCUUCCGCUCUCGCCAGUAAGGAAUUUGCCUUCCCCCCUCCUCACGUGCUGACUGCACGCCUGGCCGGGCACAAGACCACCGCCGUCGUCAUUGGGGGAGGACUCACGUCCGCGCAGAUCAUCGACUUGUGCUUGAAGCAUCAUCAUUUCGACUCAGUCAUUCUGCUCCUCCGUGGCCAUCUCAAGUGCAAGCCAUUCGAUGUUGGCGAUGAAUGGAUGGGAAAAUACUCCAACCUGCAAAAAAUGCGUUUCUGGCAAGAGGAUGAUCCUCAAAAGCGGUUGCUCGCUCUUCGAGCUGCCCGGGAAGGUGGCAGCAUCACACCAAUCUACGCACGCAUUUUGAAGGGAUGGGAGGAAGCUGGCAAACUUGAAAUACUACCUUUCUCCGAGGUGACGGGCUGGAAAUGGAUACCCGAACAAGGCGUCAACAGCAUCACAUUGAUGACAAAGGAGCUCAAGACAGUCGCUGUUUCGCUCUGUGGGACGCCGUCGCGGGAAACCAUCACAAAGAAUCGCGACCUCACAGCCGACUACAUCGUUGCAGCUACGGGAGCAGAGCUUGCCUUUUCCAAGCUACCUUUCAUGCAUAAGCUCACAGAGCAGCAUCCUGUGCCCAUGUACGGCGGUCUUCCCAUGCUGACGGAGGAUCUGCAAUGGACCAAAGAUGUGCCGUUCUUUAUGAUCGGCGCUGCAUCAGCUCUGCAAGUAGGACCCGGCGCUUUCAAUCUUGGCGGCAUUCGAGAGGCGGCCGACCGUGUUGCCACGCGGCUGGCCGAGCUGUCACUUGCAGAAGAGGGCAGCAAGCACUCGACCACCGCUCACACAGAUGUGGAUGACUAUCCUCUUUCCUUCACCCACUUUGGCUUUGAGACCCUCUCGAUGGAGGCCUGAAGCAGAAACAAAAGGAGAUGCAUGUUCUAUGCUACAUGAAUGCAUACUCUAUCG